AUGGCGUCGUUGCCAUCUUCUUGUUGGCGUUCGGUGAUGUUGCUAUCGAUCCUGCUGGUAGCCAUGGAUCAGAUGGCCAUGGCAUCUCUAUCCGAUGACAUCGAGGUUGGGUGGGGACAGGAUCACAGCUUCUUCUACAAGGCUGGCACCGACGACAAACAGACCCUGGCGCUCUGCCUCGACGAGACCCACGGCUCGGGUUUCCACACAAAGGAAGCAUACCUCUACGCCCGCUUCGACAUCGACAUCAGGCUCGUCCCCAAAAACUCCGCCGGCACGGUCACCACGCUCUAUCUGUUCCCGGUGGAUGUGCCGUGGGAGAACCAUGACGAGGUGGACCUGGAGUUCCUCGGCAACGUCACGGGCGAGCCCUACACGCUGCACACCAACAUCUUCGUCAACGGCGUCGGCCACCGGGUGCAGCACUUCCGCCUCUGGUUCGACCCCGCCGCGGACUUCCACACAUACUCCAUCGAUUGGAACCCCAAGCGCAUCACGAUCCUGGUGGACGGCGUGCCGAUCCGCGUAUUCAAGAACCACGACAAGGACGGGGUGCCGUUCCCGUCGUGGCAGAAGAUGAAGCUGGAAGGGAGCCUGUGGAACGCCGACGACUGGGCGACGCAGGGCGGCCUCGUCAAGACGGACUGGUCGGCGGCGCCUUUCUUCGCCAACUACCGCAACCUCCGCGUGUCCUCGUGCCAGCCGUCGCCUGGCGUAGCCUGGUGCGGUGACGAGCCACCGGAGUCGACAUGGUUCGAGCAGGGCCUGGACACAGCGGCCCUGCAGAACGCGCGGGACACGCACAUGAUCUACGAUUACUGCAAAGAUGCCAAUCGGAAAGAGUUCCCCAUGGAAUGCACGUUGGAUUAGUCGCAUAUGAUUCUUUCGUAUUGAUUUUUCCUUGGCUCUGUACAUUUUUGUUUUGAUAU